AUCCACAGUCUUGUAUAUCUACUAGUUUAUACCAAUGCGAGUGCUCAUCAAGUUAACAUGUUCAAAAGAACUGUGAUUUUCUUCUGUCUCUCGUUUUGUGUUAUAGUGACAGCCAAUAGGAAUAGAUACUGCCAGCUGCCUUGCGAUUUGUUCGUAGAGCCUGUCUCACACACGGUCUGUGAUAGGGAUUCUGAGAAAUGUGGUCCAUCUCCCACUUGUGGUCCAGAUUUUAAAGUCGUGAAUUUAACCAACGAUGACCGUCAGUACAUUCUGGACAUUCAUAAUUAUUUGAGAAAUAAGGUGGCACUGGGCUUCGAAAAGAGAGGUGGCCAACCUAGAGCUUCAAAUAUGAACGUCAUGAGUUAUAACCAGGAAUUAGAAUUCAUCGCACAAUGUUGGGCAAAUACUUGCAAUGGGAAGCCUUUGAUUCACGACAUUUGCAGAAGAACAGUAAAAUAUGGACACGUAGGUCAAAAUUUGGGAUUCACGAACAGUUCUAUUCCGAAAAUCGACAUAGUAAGGGCCAUCAAGGAGUUAACUUUACUUUGGUAUGAUGAGGUUAGCCUGUUCAACAGUUCCUGGAUAAGCGAUACCAAAGAAAGGGAAGAGCAGGUGGGACACUACACCCAGCUGGCGUGGGCAGAGAGCGCGGAAAUAGGAUGCGCCGCCACCUUUUACACCACCGUGGAGGCGACGGCCAAGAGGAAGUGGCACCAUCUCGUCUUCGUGUGCAAUUACGGCCCCGGCGGCAAUUACAUCGGCCGGCCGCUGUACAAAGUAGGCAAGCCGUGCUCGCGGUGCCCGAGGGGCCUCAAACAAAACAGAAAAUACAAGGGCCUGUGCGGCACAAUAAGGAGCCUGAAUGAAACGGAAAGUUUCGGGAGCGACGUUUUUUAUGAUGAUGAAGAGCCGGCCGGGGAAGAUGAAUAGCCGCCAUCAAAAAGUCCGGGAAAAGCAGCCCGGAUAGCAUUAGUUUAAGUCCUUUGUUUAUGCUUUUAAGUUAAUUCGGUGGGAGUUUAGCAAAUUUUAUUUGGUUGAGUUAUGCCCCGUGUUCAAAAUAGCGCGGCCCAUGUCAAACUUCGCCACGCCAUAACCAUUUAUGUAUUGUUAUACGGAUACAAAGUGUUUCCCAGUAAAAACAUUUAGUCCGGUCAAGUUAGUCCAAAAAAUAAGAGUGAAGGUACAUAAAUUUACAAUAAGCUGAAAGUGAGUAAAAUUGUUUAAAACAUAAUU